AUGUCCGACUAUCAGAUCUCAGUGGAGGAGCUGAACGACCUGCUGGCUAACGGGAGCGGCUGCUACAGCCUCCCCAGCGCGCACAGCAACGAGGUGGCCCCCCGCAUCCACGUGGGGAACGCGUUCAUAGCCAAGAAUAUCAUGAGGUUACAGCGCCUGGGCAUAACCCACAUCCUGAAUGCAGCAGAGGGAAAAUCCUUCAUGCAUGUGAACACUAAUGCAGAGUUCUACGAAGGCACAGGCAUCACCUACCAUGGCAUUAAAGCUAAUGACACCCAAGAAUUUAACCUCAGUCGCUAUUUUGAGGAGGCAGCUGACUUUAUUGACAGUGCGCUGUCCCAGAAGGAUGGCCGGGUGUUUGUGCACUGCCGUGAAGGCUACAGCCGCUCCCCGACACUGGUCAUUGCUUAUCUGAUGCUUCGCCAGAACAUGAAUGUCAAGUCCGCAGUGAGCGCUGUCCGGCAGAAGCGGGAGAUUGGGCCCAAUGAUGGCUUCCUGAAGCAGCUCUGCCAACUCAAUGAGAGAUUAGUGAAGGAGGGCAAACUGAAGCCCUAA